UUCACCUCCAUCAGUUCUGAGGACAGAGGGAUGUACUACUGCAAGUCUGAGAAUCAAUACGGACAGAUCAACUCUACAUCUCUAUCUCUAGAUGUCCAUUUUGAGUGGGGGAAGGGCAGUGAGGGCAGUUCAGUGACUCUGACCUGUAGCAGUGAUGCUAACCCAGCAGCUAAUUACACCUGGUACAAGGAGAAUGACCGUAAACUUCCCAGUCAACAACCACAGCUCUUCUUCAGGUCCAUCCAGCCCUCUGAGUCUGGAGAGUAUUACUGUGCAGCUGAGAAUGAGAUGGGGAGGAGGACAUCAGCACGCAUCUUUAUUGAUGUAAAAUAUGCUCCAAAGCUUCUCUCUGUGUCAGUGAGUCCCUCUGGUGAGAUAGUGGAGGGCAGUUCAGUGAAUCUGACCUGUAGCAGUGAUGCUAACCCAGCAGCUAAUUACACCUGGUACAAGGAGAAUGAAGACUCACCAAAAGCUUCAGGACAGAUCUUCACCAUCACUGACCUCAGACCUGAACACAGUGGGAAUUAUUACUGUGAAGCCCAGAACACAAGAGGACGUCGUAACUCCACCUUAAAUCUGACUGUUGUAGCAGGAGCAUGGAUGUUAGCAGCCAUCGGAACAACCACUGCUGUCAUCAUCGCUGUCGUUCUCCUCUCUGUCUCUAUAUUGAUGAGCUGUUUAACCAGAAAAAAGAGGGCCUCCGAGCACCCAUCUGAGCCUGGAGAGAGAGCAGACAACAGGGAACAGAUUCAGCAGGAUGACCUCACCUAUGCCAAUGUCACGUUCUCCCAGAACGACGUGGAUCUUCUCUACUCCAACAUCAGAGCAGCUCGGCCCGGGAGACAAAAGGACGGGGAGGAUAUUGAAUACGCUGCGGUCAAAUUUAACAGUGGCAGCGCUGCCCCGAGAACCAGAGGUGAAGAAACACGGGAGGAUGUUGCUUCUCUGUACAGCACAAUCAACAAAACCUGCUGAACACACGGGGAACAGCCAACCUGGUACUU